GCGUUCGCCUUUGGAGUCGAGACCCUCCCGACGCCACUCACCCUCCUCGGCGGUGCGCUCAUCAUCGCCGGCUCCGGCCUCAUCGUCGCCGAGGAGCAGAUCCCCGCCCGAGAUGAGCCGAGACUAGCCGAGAUUGACCGAGAUUGGCCGAGAUUGGCCGAGAUUGGCCGAGAUUGACCGAGAUCGACUCCGCGAGAGGAGCGGAUUCGGCACGUCCCGUCAUCUCUCUCCUUCUCCUGCACUAGGCGCGGACACGCGAGAUGACGGUCGACCUCGGGCCGGCGCCUCACGUGCCGGUCAGCCCGAUCGAGCCCGCGCCCGCGACGCCGCAGCCCACGCAACCCAGCUCGACGCUCGCGUCCGGAGGCAGGGGCGGCAAGAUGGGCUGGCCGAAGCCCGCGCCGAAGCCGCCCCGUGCGCCGCUGCCGGCCAUUCCCAGCGAGUCGCUGCUGCCGCAGUAUGCAAAGUCGCCACAGCCGCCGCGCGCCGCUAGAACGUAGAAAGCGCGGACGCGUCGUCGCCGUGUUUAAAUAGAUAGCAGGUAAAGAAAAAA